GGCUACGUAAAUUGCUUUGUCGAAGAACUACUGGCUGGGGCAUGAACGGAUCAGACAUCAUUCCUUCUACACUUGGUUGAUCUGAAGACGAUCCCGACAGAGAAAUAGGCAUCACGCGUCAAUUCUGCCCAUAUGUUUUUACGAAAGAUUAAUUGGAUAUCGACAGGCUGGAACGCAAGGCAAUUGUCUCAAGUGUCUCCCAAAACGCAACUAGUAAAUGACGUCAUCAAAUAUGUAUAUGACAGCACAUUGGACCAAGACCAGGCCCUCGAUGUCUUGAAAACUGGCCUAGCUGCCCAGCCUGAUGCCUCAGAGGGUGUCCAGGCUGCCAGGAUAUAUCUCACCAUGUCAGAGCUUGAGAGGGAUCGCAGCAAUUGGGCUGCUGCAGUUGACCUCGCUGCCUCCGCUUCCAAAGCGGCUCGCAGUCAUGAACCUGACUCGCCGGACGCUGCCGUCGCGGCUGCGAAUGUGGAGCUAGCAGCGUACACCUCGGGAACAGUGGCGUACUUGGCGCAAGGACACGAUUUUGAGGCGCUUGAUUUGGCCGAACAUGCACUGGACAUUGCUCGCGCAUCCUUCCACCAGAAAGGGGCCGAGCGGCACCGCUGGCGGGGGCUGGUGGCCGCCAACAGCCUUGUGGCUCUGGCUAGGCACGCCUCAGGAGACCUGCAGGCCGGCCUGACCGCAGCCGACUCCGCGCAGGCAAUGGCCGACCACACUGACAAGCGCCGCAGCAGCCUGUCCGAGCAGCAGGAUGCUGUCAUCCCCUGUGCCCUCCAGCGCAUUGCCGCCCUCCGUUUCGCAACGGGGGAUUAUGAGGAGGCAACAGCUUUAUUUCAGCGAGCCGUGGCAGGGGCCGAGGCUGCACAGGCACACUUUUGCGUAUCGGACACUGCGCCCCACCAGUCGCCGUGGGCUCUGGGUGAGACUCGCGCCAGCGCCCUGGGAGGCUUGGGCCAAGUGGCAAUGCUAAACAAGGAUUGGGACAAGGCGGAGGAGAUCUUGUCACAGGCGGUCAGUGAUGCGGAUGCUGUCACCUCACCCAAGCACCCGCGUGCAGUUCCGCUGCUUGUGCCACUUGGCAUCGUCUUUGCCCGCACCCAGCGGAUCACCUAUGCAGAGGGCAUUUUUAGGAGUGCAGCUAACAUUGUGGGGUUGGACCCCAACAAAUGCAGCAUGCCGAAUGCUGUGCAUGCAAGCACAGCUGCCUGUCUUAGCUGGCGCUAUGCACAGUUGCUGGCUGCCAUGCCCAAACGUGAGACCGAGACACAGGCCUGGCAGAGCUGCGCGCAGAAGCUAUUUGAGGAGGGUGGCAAGAAUGAGCGCUCUCUGAUGGAUGCUUUUGGCGAUCUGCACCACUUGCAAGGGAAGGGUUUGGCCGGAGCAGGGGCAGUGGCAGAUGUGACAACACGGCGUAUGUUGCCCUGCGGAUAAGUCAUGUACAAGUCAAUUGAUGAUGCUGAUCCACAGGGACCACAGGAGGAGUCUCUUGGAAAUUGCCUUGUAUCGUUAGCCCAUGCUCCCAACACGUGACCGCAUUCUGCAUUCCGAGAGGUGCUCAACAGCUCGUUUCGUCGGAUCACACCUCGCAAACGCACACUUGUAAAAAGCGUGGGAUUCUC